AUGGAAGAAUUUGGAGUGUAUCCAGAGAUAUUCUUCAACUCAUGCAAAGAACAGAUGCAGAUUGAAGAAGCAGAAGCCAUGGCUGAACUAUUGGAAGCUCAGUUCUUGGAUUUUAAACAGUUCCAAGAUCUGCAGUACUCCUUCAUCAGUCCUUAUGAUCAAUCUGCUGUAAACUGCAGCAGUAAUUUCAGUGGUCCAAAAAUAAGUUAUGAGCCCAUGGAUUAUGUUAUGAGAGAAGAGAUUUUAGCAGAUUCAUUCUUUCAGUUUGAUUCCAGUGAUCAAUUUGAAAGCUUAAUCUUCACAGAAUGUGAUUCUGUUAUUGAUUGGCCAUUACAGAGGAAGAGAAAGCUUGAGUCUGAGCAUGAACAAGAUGAGAGUUUUAAGGGAAAGGUUCAGAAGAGAGUGAGGAAUUCGCGGCGGCAGAGCAAGGGUAAGGGUGGCGCUGCCGGAGUCGGGGAAGAGAAGAAUGUCAGGUUGAGCAUGACCAGCUCCGGGUCGGAGAACGAUGACUCGAAUGAUUCACAAAUGUAUGCUGUUGAUGAACUGAAUGUGAAGGCAAGAAAUGGAAGAGUAGCAGCAGCAACUGACUCACAGAGUCUUUAUGCAAAGGUUUUUAUUGAAAAACUCCGGCAGGUUGACAUCAGCACAAUGCUUGAAGAAGCAGUGCAGUAUGUGAAAUUCUUGCAGCUUCAAAUUAAGCUGCUGAGCUCUGAUGAGCUGUGGAUGUACGCUCCACUUGCUUAUAAUGGGAUGAACAUUGGGCUUGAUUUAAUGAGAAUUCCAUGA